GGCAUACCCAGAGAUGGGCUACGAAGCAGGUGUGAAGGCUUUGUUAGAUGCACAAAUCAACUACGAUGAUGUCGAGACGGGUGUAGCUUGUUACUGUUAUGGUGAUACUACGUCUGGACAACGCAUCUUUUAUCAAUUUGGCAUGAGCACUAUUCCUAUCUACAACACCAACAAUGCUUGUGCGACUGGCUCUACCGGACUCCACCUUGCCCGCACGCUGAUAAAGAAUGGUGCAAUCGACUGCGCAAUGGUCAUCGGCUUCGAGCAAAUGCAACCUGGUUCUAUUAAAUCCGUUUGGCACGAUCGCCCUUCACCCAUGGGUCUCUCCAUGCGCAUGAUGGCAGACACUCGCGGCGUUGACAAGUCUCCUCCCAAUGCACAGUACUUCGCCAAUGCUGGCAAGGAAUACAUGGAGAAGUACGGUGCUGAAGCACGAGACUUCGCCGAGAUUGCUAGAAUCAGUCACGAGCACUCCCAGCGAAAUCCUUAUGCCCAAUUCCAGCAGAAAUACACACUGGAAGAGAUCGAGAAGGCACCUAUGAUCCACUACCCACUCACAAAGCUACAGUGCUCGCCCACAAGCGACGGCGCAGGAGCUGCCGUCAUCGUGUCUCAGGCGUUCCUAGACGCCCGACCGCACUUAAAGAGUCAAGCGAUUCUUAUGGCCGGCCAAACGCUCUUCACCGACUCUCCCCAGUUGUAUUCAAAGUCCAGCAUGGACCUCGUUGGAUAUGACAUGACCCGACGAGCAGCGCAGGCCGCGCUCAAGGAAGCCGGUGUCAGCCCCAAGGACAUCAAGGUCUGCGAGCUUCAUGACUGCUUCUCCGCAAAUGAAUUGAUUCUCCUGGAGGGUCUCGGAUUUAGCGAACCUGGAAAAGCACAUCACAUGGUUCGGAACGGAGACAUUACCUACGGCGGAAAGGGUCCAAUUGUCAAUCCAUCUGGAGGCCUUAUCAGCAAGGGACAUCCUUUAGGCGCAACAGGCCUCGCGCAAUGUGCUGAGUUGACAUGGCAAUUGCGCGGAUGGGCAAACAACCGUCUUGCUGAGGGGGCAGACGUCGCACUGCAGCACAACUUGGGUCUAGGCGGUGCCGUAGUCGUCACUGUCUAUAAGCGAGCGGAUGGUGCAAAGAAUGUGAAAAGGAGCGAUUCUGAAGUCAAGAAGGAGAGUCAAUUUGAUUACAAUCCGGCUGUCGAGGCACGGUAUGUGACGGAAGCGGAUGGAGAAAAGGUGAGGAGUAAGAAGGUAAGAAGUGAGUAUGCAUUGGGAGACACCUUGGAAAAGAUUCAAAGCCGAUUGUAAUAGUUUAGUCACUGUGGUUGUAUGAGUCUCCAAUGGCCU